CGAUUUAUUUGGACUACUUUAAUUCCUUUUUCCGUUCAAGAUGGCGGGUGACGAGUCUGGAGUAACGCUGGGCCAGCCACAUCUAGCGAAACAAGACCUUGGUAGUUUAGAUGUGAGCACACUGACUCCGCUAUCCCCCGAGGUCAUUAGCAGACAGGCCACCAUCAAUAUUGGUACUAUUGGUCAUGUGGCUCACGGGAAGUCUACUGUGGUGAAGGCCAUCUCGGGUGUCCACACCGUCAGGUUCAAAAAUGAGCUCGAGAGGAAUAUCACCAUCAAAUUGGGAUAUGCCAACGCUAAGGUCUACAAACUGGAUGACCCCAGCUGCCCUCGGCCUGAGUGUUACAGGUCAUGUGGAAGCAGCACACCUGAUGAAUUCCCCACAGACAUUUCUGGCACUAAAGGCUACUUUAAACUUGUCAGACAUGUUUCAUUUGUAGACUGUCCUGGUCACGACAUUCUGAUGGCCACUAUGUUGAACGGUGCAGCUGUCAUGGAUGCUGCUCUUCUUCUAAUUGCGGGGAAUGAAUCCUGCCCACAGCCUCAGACAUCAGAACAUCUGGCUGCCAUCGAGAUCAUGAAGCUGAAACACAUCCUGAUCCUGCAGAAUAAGAUUGACCUGGUAAAGGAGAGCCAGGCCAAGGAGCAGUACGAGCAGAUUCUGGCCUUUGUGCAAGGCACUGUGGCAGAGGGAGCCCCCAUAAUUCCAAUUUCUGCACAGCUCAAGUACAACAUUGAGGUGGUUUGUGAGUACAUUGUGAAGAAGAUUCCUGUGCCUGUUCGGGACUUCAUCUCUGAGCCCCGCCUAAUUGUCAUCCGAUCCUUUGAUGUCAACAAACCCGGCUGUGAAGUAGAUGACCUGAAAGGGGGUGUGGCCGGUGGAAGUAUUCUGAAAGGAGUGCUGAAGGUGGGACAGGAGAUCGAGGUCAGGCCUGGUAUCGUCUCAAAGGACCAUGAAGGCAAGCUGAUGUGCAAGCCCAUCUUCUCCAAGAUUGUGUCCCUUUUUGCAGAACACAACGACCUUCAGUAUGCUGUGCCUGGUGGCCUGAUUGGCGUGGGCACUAAGAUCGACCCAACACUGUGCAGAGCUGACCGCAUGGUGGGGCAGGUCCUGGGUGCCGUCGGAGCAUUGCCCGAGAUCUUCACCGAGCUCGAGAUCUCGUACUUCCUGCUGCGACGGCUACUGGGCGUGCGCACUGAAGGGGACAAGAAGGCGGCCAAGGUUCAGAAGCUGUCAAAGAACGAGGUGCUGAUGGUCAACAUAGGAUCUCUGUCGACUGGCGGUCGCGUGAGCGCAGUGAAGGCUGAUCUGGCCAAGAUUGUGCUCACAAACCCUGUAUGCACAGAAGUAGGAGAGAAGAUUGCCCUGAGUCGCAGAGUGGAGAAACACUGGCGUUUGAUCGGUUGGGGACAAAUCAGGAGGGGAGUGACCAUAACACCCACAGUGGACGACGACUGAGACGUCUGCUGAGAGAGUGUGUGUGUGUGUGCGCGCAUUGGAAGGCUUUUGUCCCCCAUCAACGAGACAACAUGCUUAUUAAACCAUUUUACUACACCAUGCAGCCAGUGAGCUGCAGAGUUCAGGGCAAAGGGAGGGAGCUGAUCUCUCAAGAGGGGAGAGAGGGGGGAAGGUCUUGUGUUGAGAUGAAAUGUGAUCUUGAUGGCAAGACUGGCCUGAUUUCUACAUGCUACCCAAAGCUAAUGGCAGGGUUUCACAGGUUUGACAACUAUAGUGAACAUCUUUCAAUUAUAUCUAAUAAAAUGUUUUGGAUCAAA